CUCUCCACCGAGUGGCUUAUUGUGUUGUUAUUUUUGUGUUCUGCGGUGUGACUGGUAACCGAGAUGCCUGAGCCGGCGAAAUCAGCUCCCGCGCCCAAGAAGGGCUCCAAAAAAGCGGUGACCAAGACCCAGAAGAAAGGGGAUAAGAAGCGCCGCAAGACCAGGAAAGAGAGUUACUCCAUUUACGUCUACAAGGUGCUGAAGCAGGUUCACCCCGACACCGGCAUUUCCUCCAAGGCCAUGGGCAUUAUGAACUCCUUCGUCAACGAUAUCUUCGAGCGCAUCGCCGGGGAGGCGUCUCGCCUGGCGCAUUACAACAAGCGCUCCACCAUCACCUCCCGGGAGAUCCAGACCGCCGUGCGCCUGCUGCUGCCCGGGGAGCUGGCCAAACACGCCGUCUCGGAGGGCACCAAGGCCGUGACCAAGUACACCAGCUCCAAGUAACCGCGCGGCGUGUUACUCGCUCAAAGAGACGUCAAUUUCAAAGCCCCAAAGGCUCUUUUAAGAGCCACCCACUAUUUCUAUAAGAGGGUUGCAAUUACUGUACGCUGUGUGAGCAACUUGUCUUGCCAAGGUAGCUCCUAGCAAAACGCAUAUAGGACUGGUUUCUUCAAUCUGCUGCUUGUUCGGGGGCUUUCCCGGGGCGUGUUCGGCUUUAGCAAGUCUCGAUUGGCUUCUUCCUUUAAUUCCCUGUUUGUUCAUGUUAAUUAACUUUAUUUAAGUGGGAGGUGGAUCCGGGUUGGGCUGCGCUGGGCUUGUUUGCUCCUGGCUUGAAAAGGCAGUGCAACUCUUUAAAUAUUGUAGACGGGGGGAGGUUUUUCUGUGCCACGUCAGUGGCUUCUGUAGGAUUUAAUGAUCAGAUAGUUUGUGGUGCUUCUAUUCCCUACUAAGUGCUUAUUAAAAUCAAAUUUUAAAAUAGA